CAUGGCCAACUAUCUCCAGUAGAUCUAUAUUGAUGCGUAACAUGAUCCUGACCAUAGGCGUUUCGAAAUAUCAAUUCUAGGGUUUUUUUUUUUUUUUUUUUUAUUAGGGUUCUUGAGAACGACGAUUCCGAGUUUAAAAUCCUUGACAUCAACUCUCCACCUGUCGAUUUUCACAAUAUCUUCGCUUUUAAUGUCUAUUCGACACCUGCAAGUCCUGCAACAAGAAAAAGACAACUGAAACUACUGUUCUACCACGUCAACAUUGUCAGAUUACUAUGAGUUUCGUCCCAGAAUUGUAAAAAGCAAGAGGCGACAUCCUCCGCGCUCUCCACACGGUAGUUUCAUCGUUUGCCUCGUGUCCGUCAAUGCAGGAGAACCCUUAUGGUAUCGGCAAUGGAAACUGGAGAGAGAAAGAAAAAAAAGGGAUUCUUUUUCUUUGGAAGUAUAAAGUGUCUUUGGUAUAUUAGGAUAUUUAAAGCAAAAGUGGGCUACUUUAAUUCUCGAUUUCUGGUAUAGUCUCUGUGUUUCUCAAGAUUUAGCGAGGGAUAGCUCCAACCGACUCGAUCUCCGCUUCGAGGCCAUCUAAACUGAGAUAUUUAAAGGUUUUUUGCAGUUCCUCUCUGGCCUUUGAUAUUAAAAAGGGAAGCUAAUAAGAAUUUGAAGGUGUAGUUCUGAAGUUAUAAUUCAGCCAACGGGGUUGUAGCAGUUUCAUUAAUCUGCAUGCCUUAUUAUUUAUGGACUUUCCUGACCCCAUAUAGUUGGGAUAAGGCUGAGUUGAGUUGAAAUUGUUUUGAUGGACUCUAUGUUGCAUAAUGAGUGGAUUCAGCAGCAUGUAAGGGGGUGUUUGCAACUGUGGUUGAUUGUCCACCAAGAGUAUUUCCCAAGUUAGAUAUGAGAGUUGGAUCUUACGUAAAAUGCAAUAUCCAUUGGGUAGGAUGCUAUGUCUCAUAAGCGAGAUCAUAUUUUCUUUCCUUUCUUGAUUCUGGUGCCUGGUUUCUGAACAGGGGCUCCUUGGACCAUUGGACUGAGUGGCAUUGCUAUUACAAGACAUAUAUUGAAUAAUGGAUAAAAAUGAAGGAAAUUCUGGGAUGUUGCUCCCAACAUGGGGAAGCAAUGAGUCAUCUGGCAUGGAAGAAUCUCAUCUAUUUGUCUUUGCUUACUUCACUGCUGCCUUAGUCGGUAUACUGACUAUAGUCUACACGGUCUUCCAGUGGAGAAGAAACAUUAGUCUAAGCUGGAUGAAAGCCAUAAAUAGGUCAAAGAAGAACCCGAUAGCGAAGUACAAGGUUCCCCAAGCUGCCCAUACUUGGAGCUUGGAGUCUGUAUCUCGUGGAAAGAGCCUAAAUUGUUGUGUAUGUUUGAACUCUGUAUCUCCAACUCAGGCUCUUGGGCCAAUGCUAGCUUCUGACAACGUCAUCCACCAUUGUUGUAUUUGUGGUGCAGCAGCACACCUGAAGUGCUCUUCAAAUGCUCAAAAGGAUUGCAAAUGUGUAUCUAUGGUUGGGUACGAGCAUGUGAUACAUCAAUGGGCUGUACGAUGGACGGAUGCCACAGAUCAAUUUGAUGAAACCUCUUCUUGCAGUUAUUGUGAAGAGCCUUGUAGUGGGUCCUUUCUUGGGGGAUCUCCGAUUUGGUGUUGCAUGUGGUGUCAAAGGUUAGUGCAUGUUGAGUGCCACACUAACAUGUCUAAUGAAACCGGUGAUGUUUGUGAUUUGGGCCUCUUUAAAAGACUGAUCUUAUCGCCAUUGUUUGUCAAGGAAUUGAGCCGAACUGGCUCUGGUGGAUUUUUGAGCUCAAUCACUCAUGGAGCCAAUGAAUUUGCUUCUUCUGUACGUGGACGUAUCAGGAGUCAAAGUAAAAAAUACAAACAUGGAAGUGAAGCUUCUGUUGAGUCAAAUAAUAGUGGUGCUACCUGUGACUCAUCCACUGAGAGUACGGCAGAUGCUCAACAAGUUUUCAAGGGCUCACAUGAGAGUAAUGGAACUUGUAAUGGUAAAAUGGAAACGGAAGGCCUAAAACAAGGUGCUGAAGUUAAUGAUAAGAUGGAGUUGCAGCCUGAAUACAAAAGAAGUACAUCAUUCAAUUGGAGUGAUGAAUCUCAGAUUUUAGGGGUGAAACAAUAUGAAGUGAUCGAUUUGCCUCCAGAUGCAAGGCCGCUACUAGUUUUCAUCAACAAAAAAAGUGGGGCACAGCGAGGGAAUUCACUCAGGCAACGUUUGAACAUCCUUUUGAAUCCUGUUCAGGUCUUUGAGUUAAGUUCAACACAAGGACCAGAAUUGGGUCUUUAUUUGUUCAGAAGAGUUCCCCAUUUUAGAGUUCUUGUUUGCGGGGGAGAUGGUACAGUUGGUUGGGUUCUGGAUGUCAUCGACAAGCAAAAUUUUGUCUCUCCUCCUCCAGUUGCAAUUCUUCCGGCAGGUACAGGGAAUGAUCUAGCCAGGGUUUUGUCCUGGGGAGGUGGCCUAGGUUCAGUAGAGAGACAAGGAGGGCUCUGUAUGGUGUUGCAGCACAUAGAGCAUGCUGCAGUUACCAUUCUUGAUCGCUGGAAGAUAACAAUCAGAAACCAACAGGGAAAGCAACUCCAAGCUCCAAAGUUCAUGAACAACUAUCUUGGAAUUGGUUGUGAUGCGAAGGUUGCGUUGGAUAUUCAUAAUUUGCGGGAAGAGAACCCAGAGAAGUUCUAUAACCAGUUCAUGAAUAAGGUGCUCUAUGCAAGAGAAGGUGCGAGGAAUAUCAUGGAUCGGACGUUUGCUGAUUUCCCCUGGCAAGUUCGUGUGGAGGUGGAUGGGGUUGAGAUAGAGGUCCCUGAGGACGCAGAAGGCGUACUUGUAGCUAACAUUGGAAGCUACAUGGGUGGAGUGGAUCUUUGGCAAAAUGAGGAUGAGAAUUAUGAUAAUUUUGAUCCACAAUCUAUGCAUGACAAGGUGCUAGAGGUUGUCAGCAUAUCUGGAAUGUGGCAUCUUGGAAAACUUCAGGUGGGUCUUUCUCGAGCUCGAAGACUUGCACAAGGGCAAUCAAUCAAGAUCCAGCUCUUUGCUGCCUUACCAGUUCAAGUAGAUGGAGAGCCUUGGUUUCAAGAACCAUGCACAUUAGCCAUAUCGCAUCAUGGCCAGGCAUUUAUGUUGAGGAGGGCAUCUGAGGAACCUCUUGGUCAUGCUGCCGCCAUAAUCACAGAUGUGCUUGAGAAUGCUGAAACAAACCACAUAAUCACUGCCUCCCAGAAGCGAGCCCUUCUUCAGGAAAUGGCGUUAAGGCUCUCCUAGAUAGCGUGUUUCAUACAGUGGAAUCAUAUACCUCGCUAUAGCAUCAGUGUCUGUUCAGGUGUGGUUGCGGUUCUGCCAAAAUUAAUUCAUUUGAAUAUAUCCCUGCAUGCCUCUGCUUUAAUGGAAUGCCCACCAAAAGGAACAUUUUGCCUUCUAACCAAAGCAUGUACACUCAUGCAUACAUCUGUACAGACAAAAUGAAAGAAUAUACAUAUUUGAACGGUUUUCUGUUCAAACUCAGCCCCUUUUUCUGAAGAUUCAUUAACCCGAGGAAAUAUAAAUUGUUGCCAUUGCCUCUUGCAAUCCGCA